AUGACCCAUGACGGCUCUUGGACAACAGAGCCAGGCCCGAACGGCAUCGGCCACCGUAAGAUGAGUCGGGUAUUUAAGAUCAGUGUCAAAUGGGGAGGGGGGUUGGCUAUCUGCCACGCACCUUUCCUGUUUAACCACCCCCCCUCAUAUUUAAAGAUCUCGCCUGCCCCGCCCCAACUUGGGUACACAAGAAGCAUGGCGCCUAAGAUUUUCGACAAGCUGUUCAAACGAGAAUACCAUCCCAGGCCCUUGGUGUUCUGGCCAAAUGCAAUCGGGAUCUCAGAUUCUACUUGCGAAAUUAAAGGGGACCUGUUCAACGAAUGGAAACUACCGAUCCCAGCACCAGAACAAAACGCCCUGAAAUCUCGCACUCGACAACGGGCCACUCAGCAAACGAGCUUGUUCUUCCGGCUUCCUGUGGAAGUGAGAAGAAUGAUCUAUAUUGAGCUAAUGGGUAAUCGACGCGUACACAUCGAGUAUGCAUGGACGUUCCAGUCUCCUUUUCGGCCAAAGACGAAACGAGGACGCAAGCGCUGGGAUUGGUGGCAUGGCGUCUGCCAAAAUAGAGAUUCUUUCGCCCGGGACAUCUGCGCGGACAAGUGUAUGGAUCGUGGUGAUGAGACGGAUUUAUGCCGCACCGAGCGAUUAGCGAGUGCGCCCCCUGGGACAAAGCUUUGCGGCGUAGAGUGGCUAAGGUGUUGUCAAAUUGGCUACGACGAAGCAUUACAAGUCCUAUAUGGAACAAAUAUCUUUGUUCCCCGAGAAGGACUCGCCUCUCCGUUCAUUAUGUCGAAACUUCUAUCACCAACUUGCACACAACUCAUUCAAUCGGUCGAUCUCACAUUUGAGUCUUGGCAUGGCAUGGACGGGGCACCACUUGCCAAAAUCUGGACAACAGUCUACCCCGCUAUCUUCGACCUUUUCGAGCAAUGCUUCUGUAAGGUUCGCUCGUUACGCAUGACGAUUAAAUUGCCGGCUUGGGAAAACGUGAAGCAGAACAUGAGCAACAGCAAAAUAAAUGAGAUCGUGGCACCGUGGGAGAGACUUGCCAGAAAUCGAGACUGGAAAAGACUAGAAUUCUGCGUUCCUUUUGAUUGGUACCCUGUACUAACAGAGAGAGCGGCGACUCAGAGUAUAUGGGAGCUCACGGAGACAUAUUGGUACGACAAGUACAUAGGAAGAAAUGGUUGUCUUUUUUAG